GGCUCGAUUUAUGGAGUUUCGAAGAACUAAUUUGUUGUGAGAGUUUCUCUCCGCGGCUCUUUGAACAAAAUGGGUAACUUUAGAGCAUUUCUGAGCACAACACUGGUCUUUUUGACAUUUGAGAUGUGUCUGGUGUGCUGUGAUCUAACAGACGGAAACACAGAAUACCUGAAGAGGGAGCACUCGUUAAUGAAACCUUACCAAGGUGUUGGCAGCAGCCCUACGAGCCAGUGGGACUUCUGGGGAAGCACGUUGGUGACGAGCUCAUAUGUGCGACUCACUCCAGAUGAGAGAAGCAAGCAGGGGUCCAUCUGGAAUACUGUGCCGUGUCACCUGAAGGACUGGGAGAUGCAUGUGCAGUUUAAAGUUCAUGGGUCAGGAAAGAAGAAUCUCCACGGCGAUGGCAUUGCUAUCUGGUACACAAAGGACAGACUGCAUCCAGGCCCUGUGUUUGGAAACCAAGAUCAGUAUCUUGGCCUGGCUAUUUUUUUGGAUACCUUCCGCAAUGACCUCCAUGGAAUGGAUCGUUCCUUCCCGUACAUUUCAGCCAUGGUGAACAACGGCUCAGUGAGUUAUGACCACGGCAAAGAUGGCCGAUCGUCGGAGCUGGGAGGCUGCUCGGCUGAGAUCAGGAACAGAGAGCACGACACAUACCUCGCCAUUCGCUACUCCAAAGGAAGACUCACUGUGAUGGUUGAUGUGGAUGACAAGAAUGAGUGGAAGGAGUGCAUCGACAUCGGAGGAGUUCGUCUUCCGACGGGAUAUUUCUUUGGUGCCUCAGCAGCUACAGGAGAUCUGUCUGAUAAUCAUGACAUCAUCUCUAUGAAGCUCUACCAGCUGAUGGUAGAACACACUCCUGAAGAGGAGAACCUGGACUGGACCAAGAUCGAGCCCAGCGUCAGCCUCCUUAAGUCCCCUAAAGACAACAUCGACGAUCCUACCGGAAACUUCCGCGGCACGCCCCUCACAGGCUGGAAGGUCUUCCUGCUGCUGCUGUGUGCUCUGCUGGGAAUCGUCGUGUGCGCCGUGGUGGGAGCCGUGGUUUUCCAGAAGAGACAGGAGAGGAACAAGAGGUUUUACUGAGGAGAGAGAAGAACCUUCUCAGAGGGGUGUUUGCUGUGGAAUGAACUGUUUCCAGAUGACAGAUUGAGCACAGUCAAUGUGAAUUUUUUUCUAAAGAUUGUACAAAUGUUUAUAUCUUUGAAGCACUGCGUUGGGAGGGAAUUAUGGUAACUUGUGAUGUCGGUAAGAAGGUGCAGAACUAUUGGCGACCAUUAAGAAUGACCCUGAUCGAUGCUGUUUUUGUUCUCCAUGUCUCUGUGUCCAUUAAUUGCAGGGUUAGAAUAGACUUACUCUCCUUUACAAACUUUGAACUCAGAGUUUUUUUAAUCUCUUAAAAGACUGCGUGAACUCCUGCUUAUUGAUCAAACAGGCGUCUCCAGCCCUCGUCAGCUUUGCUCUAUGCAGAUGUGAUGCUACAAAAGUGGUGAACACAAAAUGGUAAUUUAGUUUUUUUAUUUUUGUCUUCCAGAAUGUUUUACCUGAUUAUUUAUAGGAAGAAGAAGGUAGCUCCACACACAGAAAGGUCAGAUAAGACAACAUGAAGUAACUGCGGCAGCCGCAGCAACCAUCCAAAUUAAGGUCAAGAGUAUUAUCCUGUGUUCAAGCCGGAGGAUAAAGUGCAGAUUUCACCGUCUGUGUCGCUGUCGCUCUCAUUCUGACAUUUAGGAAGUAAAAUUUUGCGUGUUGAAAUUUUUAUGAAAAAAAAUGACAAUUGAAAUUUAGUCACGACAUGCAACCAACGCAACAGCACCGGGUAUUUAAUUAUGUAAUCAUGUUAACUAUCUCUGUUCAUGCUACCCACCCGGUUCCUGUGUUUACUCCAAACAGAUAGUGGGAUAAUAACUGUGUUUUAUCGUGGAGGUGAGCCACUUUGCUUGAAACACAGACCACUAGUGCAGCAACUAACGACUAUUUAAUCCAUCAGUUUGGUUCUUAAUUAACGAUUUGGUCUUGAGAGUGUCAGUAAGUUUUGAAAAAUCUCCAUCAUAAUUUCCCGAAGCCCACGUUGACAUAUAUUUAAACUGCUUUGUUUAACCAACUAACAAACUGACACCCAAGAAUACCAGAAGAAGCCGGAACCAGAGAAAUGCUAGCAUUUUUGCUUGAUAAAGCAUGUAAUAAGUUCAAAAUAAAAAUGUCAUAGUCUUAUGAAUUAAACAUUAACAUUCACGGAAAUCUGGGUGGUUUAGCACCUCUGCUGAACCUUUAACACACCACAUCUUUAAUUGAACACGAACUAUCACAACAUAAAAGAAGUUGUAGACCGAAACAAAUUGAUCUGAAAAUGGUAUGAUUAUCACUGAAAUCAUAAUCUCUGUAAAGCACAAUAAUGUGACUGUACAGUCUUCAUACAAACAGUAGCAUUCUGCAUCAUGUUAUGACAUUCAAAGUGGUAUAUAUGAGUGAUAUCUCUAAGAAACACGACUUCUAAAUACAGCGGGAUAAGGCCACUUGAAAGAGUUCAGUACACAAGUUGAUGGAUCCUGAAAACUGAACAACCUCAAUCGUUUACGCUGAAAUAUGUAAUUUUUUUCUCCUUUCCUUGCAGGGUCUUUCGAGCAGCAUUUAAUCCAGAAUAUGCCUUUGUUAAUGUUCAAAGUAAAAUGCUAAAUUGUGGUUAAAAACUUGGUGAUUCAGUCAAAUUCUUCAGUGUAAUGAAUAUUAGAAUUAUUAACUGCGACAUAAAGCAACUGAUUAAUAAAAAUGUGCAGUGUUAAUUAUGAAGCCCUUUCAAACUUACAGACUUGUAGAAACCUUGAAGUCUGUGAAUGGAUUGUUUGAGGUACAUUCACAAUGGCAGUCCUGUGUUUCAUGUUUCUUUGUUGCUUAUAUGUCAGCUUUCAUUCCACAAUGUUCCCGUUUGGCUCUGACCUCACAUUGAUAAAGAACAUUUAACAAAAAUGCUAAAGUAAAUUUAAGGACUUGAUGGCAUGUGUACUUUCGUCACUGCUGAAAUGCAGGUUGUCUUUUUUUGUUGCCUUUUUUUUUUUUUUUGCUCCUGUGUUCUUGAAACCGCUCUGUAAUUGUUUCUGCCACAUUAGUCAGUUUUGAUGAGACUUGAAACAGCUCCUCUCAUCAGAAAUAAUGUAUUAAAAUGAAAAAGAAACAGUGUGA